AUGUCUUAGAAGAAAGCAAAAAGUAUGAAAAAAGGAGUGCCAAACUUUUUACUCAAAACCUACAAUAUCGUAAUGGUAUUUAACUAUUUAUACAUGCUCGAAUAUUCCUAAAUUGAUCAUCAGAAAUUUUGAUGAUUUUAGGAAUUAAAUUCUCGAAUUAUUAAAUAUAUUUCAUUUGAUUUUAAUAACUUUUAGAAUCCAGAAAACGAUGAUAUUAUUGGAUUCACUGAUAAAGGAAAUGCUUUUGUGGUAAAAGAUCAGACCAAAUUGAGUAAUGAAAUCCUUCCAACCCAUUUUAAACAUCAUAAUUUCAGUUCAUUUAUAAGGCAAUUAAAUAUGUAUGGAUUCAAGAAAAUUCGUAAUGUUAACAAUUAAAAUGAAUUUAGUCAUUAUUAUUUUAGAAGAAAUAUGGAGUAUAUAAAUAUCAAUAACAUAGAAACCUGUUGAUGAACAUACCUAGAAGAAAUGGCGGGGUUAAGGCAAAAAAAGAGAAAUCAAUAAAAAUGAAAAAUUAGAAAGUGAAGUAAAUUCAGGAUGAUAUAUUUGAUAAAUUCAAUUCAUUGAAAUAAGAGAUACAAAAUAUAAAUUUGGAAUCAAAUUUCUUUAGUAAAUAAAUUGAAUAGGUAUCUUUUUGUAAUGCUACUAGUUUUAAAACACUUAAUCCACGCUGCUUGAGUCUUAUCACUCUUUAUUUAUGGAAUUUAGUAUUAUAAAGAGCAAGCGCCAAACCUAUAGUGAAUUGAUGUGUUAAUUAUUAUUUAGAUUGACUAACAGUUCUUAGACUGAUUAAAUACAAAGUUUAUAAAUAGAAAUAUAAUUUUAGAUAUGGUUCAAAAGUUUAAUAAAACCAAUUAGAAUACAAUGAGUAAUGGAGCUGGUAGUUCGGAUAAUAAUAAUGAACAGAAUGGAGGAUCCAGUAAAGAUGGUAUUUAAAGAGUUUAAUCAUAGAUACAAAUUAGAGCAAUGGAAGUAAUCCAUAAUUAGAAGAGGAGAGAAUAAAGUCUAUUUGAUUAAAAUGUUUUUUUGUUACUAUUAAAUUAUAAUAUUGGA